CAAGGCUUUAAUUGUUUCUCUCUGAGGCUUAAAUCGUAAUGCUUACGUUUUUAAUUUCCAAUUUUUUUAAAAACACGUACGGUUGUGUUUUUCUAUUGAUCCAAAUUAUGCGUAUUGGUCGUCAGCGUUUUCAGUCUGGAUUACGAGUUGCCGUUUGAAAAUCGGAAAAUUCUCGUUUCACUGGAACGUAAUUUCAUCCUUUCGGUCUCAAAGUCAAUUUUGAUGAGAACUGAACGAAUCGAAGUUUUUUAUAUCUAGAUUUAAGUGGAUUCUCUUGAACUUUACUUAACAUGCCAUGAAUCGACCAUGGGAAAUAAUGAUGAAUUUUCAGAAGAACCUUAAACCUGGCGCUGCUGGAGGUGGAGGGAAGACGACUACCCAAGUUCAAUUAAGUGCAGCUGCCCAACGAUUCCUACCAAGUACUACUGUUAUGCCAUCAAGAACUCACAAAGUUCGGAACAUUAUCAAUGAAUCAACUAGAAUUAUUGAGGAAAGUCGUCUUCCUGAAUUAAACAAUACAACUGCAAGUUUCUGUCAGAACUGUACAUGUGAUAACUGUUCGAACGCAUCCAUACUUAAUGGAACUCAACUGAACAAUCCCAAUAUCAACACUUUGUAUCUCGCAUUUGAAAAUUUUCUUCAAGCCCAAAAGCAACAGUUUGUCACAAUGAUUCAACAAAUAGCCAGUUUGGAUAGCUCUGCAAGCACUGACUUCUUUACUUCAAGCAGAUCAUGCAGUCAGCCAGCCCUUACUGAAUGUGAUUCCUCAGAAAAGACAAAGAGCAGGGUGGCUGUCUCUUCAAACGCUAAGAGUACUGAAAGGAAUGGAGCUACCACAGACACAAGAUUAGCCACAUCCAGUUCUGAAAUUCCAACAAGGGCUCUUGACAGAGUUGAUGAGAGUGAAUUGUCUGACUGCACAGUUACUGCAGCAGAGGAGUUCAUAGAAACCAAAAUGAAUUUAGAGGAAUGCAUCAAAGAUGAAACUUUGAAGAAUGAAGAUGAAAAGGACUCCAAGAACAAUCCUGGGAAUGAAAAUCAACACCUUGAAGGGAGUUGUGCUUGUGACUUUGAUAACUAUAUUGAUGAGUCCUUUAAGCCAGUGAGAAGAUCAUCUAUCUUGAAAAUGAGAGACAGCUUUGUGCUUCUUGAAAAUUUGGACACAGUCAAAGAACCGCUAUGUGAUGUAAUGCCCUUGAAACCAGAAACAACUGGGUCCAUUGAUAGAACUAUUCUUGUUGAAAAAUCAAAUUUUACUGCACCUUCAAACAGUAAGAACAAAAUGAAAUUAUUUGUGCCCCCUGUUGAUGCGACUUGCACAAGAUCAGGACGUGCUUUGAAAAAACCUCAACCAUAUUGGACUGCAGCUUCAAGAGUUGGUAUUAAAGAAGAGUUUUCUGUGGAUAUCAAAGAAGAGGCAAUAAAACCCAGAAGAGUAGGCCGAAAUGUCAGUAACAAAAUUAAACCCAAGCAAAAUGUUCAAAAAAAGAGUAAGAAAACUGUUACAAAAUCAGUUUUGUCUAAAGAAGAUAUUAGUUGUGAUGUGGACAGUAAGUCUGAACUACCAUCAACAUCUUCCAGAACCCAAAAGCAUAAUGUUGUUUCCUCAAGUUCUGAUGCUCUUGUGCCGACUGGAACUGGUGCCAAGCGAGGGAGAAAAAAGAAGUCAGCAACCAAUUCUGAAUCUACACAUGCCACAAGGGAUGCAUCAAAAAAUAUUUCUGCCAAAAGGAGAAAGAUAGAAAGUCAAAUAUCAGAGUCAUCCUCAAUGUACUCUGAUGACAAACAGAUCUCAAGUUCUGCAGCUAAACCACAAAACAUCAGGUCCAAGAGAAACACUCGAAGAGGCAUUCAAAAUGAAAAUACUGCUGUUGGCCCCGGUGACAUUAAGGACAUCAAUCAAACAGCGAAAGUAAAAAAUGAAAUUCUUAAAUCUAAUAGGGUGAAUCUCAGGAAACCAACUAGAAAGGGUGAAGACAAUGCUCUCCUUCAGUCGCAGAAUAGUGUUCGGUAUCCCUCACUAAGUGGAAAUUUAUCUUCUGCAUCAGAGCCUGAAUAUGAAUGCUACUUAGAUGACAAUCUUUCCGAUUAAGUUCAAUGAAAAUGCAAGAGAUUAUAUACAUUAUUUUUUAUUUUUUUCACAAAUGUAAAGUUUUCAAAUUAUGUUACACAUGUUAAUUUUUUUAUGUGUUACUGGCAAAGAUUUUAAUGAUAAAUGAAAAUUAUGUUAACCCAUCA